AUGGCACAAAGGUGUGAACAUAGAGAAUGGCUUGACAAUGCUAUUAGAAACAAUCAAAUUAUUAAAUAUAAUUAUAAUACGUUUAAUGAAAUAAGACCUAUCGGACACGGGACAUUCGGAAGAGUUUCGAGUGCGAUUUCCUCAAAAUUUGAAAGAAAAGUAGCCUUAAAAUCUGUUAAAAUUAAUCCUGAUUUUACGAUAGAAUUAUUGGUUAAUGAGGUUCGUGAAUAUUUUAUACAUAUUGGUUCACAUAAUAAUAUUUUAGAAUUCUACGGGAUUAUUGAAGAUGAAUCAGACAUAUUUAUACUCGUUCUUGAAUAUGCAAACAAUGGUACUCUUAAAGAAUAUUUAUGCGAGAAUUUUUGUAUAUUAAACUGGGAUGAUAAGCUUCGCCUUGCAAAUCAAUUAGCCGAUGCUAUCAAGUUUUUGCAUUCACAUGAUAUAAUACAUCGAGAUUUGCAUUCUGAUAAUGUGCUUAUCCAUGGUAAAAUUAUAAAGCUUAGUGACUUUGGGAAUUCAAAAUUUAUUACAGACCCAUCAAUUCAAUUAACAAAGGAACUUGGGUCGAUGCAAAAACCAAUUCAUGGAACACCAAAGGAUUAUGUAAAAAUUUAUGAAGGACUAACUAAUGGAAUUGAAGUUUUAAGUUCAGCAUCAAAUUCGGCACCAAAUAUUAAUGAAGUUUUAGGUUCAGCACCAGAUAUUGAUGAAGAAUCUAUUACAUUUGAAUACAUAGAUAACAAUAUUGAAGACUCUGAUAAGCAGUUUUUGCGACAACUAAUGCAACUUGUUUCAAAUUAUAUAAAUGUUCCUGAAGAACCUAAAUUGUUUGUUAAUCAGAUUGAAGCUUCUUUGCAGAAACUGUAUAAG